UUAGCUUUCGAAGCCACCUUAUUAUUCCACUUUCCCUUCCACUGUCUUUAACAUUCUAGGGUUUCAGAAAUCAGCUCCUACUCCUCCAAAACCUCACUCAAAAUUAGAUAUUUCUAUGGAUAAACUUCCAAUCAGACGAUUGGAUGCAAUUGAAGAAAAUGGGCUCGAAAAAUUUGCACCUGAUGUAGGUUAUGAUAUGAAGAAACUUGAUUCAAUCAGGCGAAUUGAUUUCGCUUGGGCAAGACGAAGCAGAAAAUUACAUAGGAAGCCAAUGCACCAUUGCCUUGGCAGAGAAUGAUUCAGAACUUACAGUUUGCUCACUAAUUUGAAACUUAGGGUUAGAAAUUGAUUUCCACACAUUUUUCUGAUUUUUUUCUUAUAGGCAGUCAGCUUUACUUCCAAGCUAGUAAUAGCUUACAGACAGCUUUAAAUCAAAGCAGGAGUUUGGUAAUCUGUAUAUAAUCCAACACCAGCAAAAGUAUGUUCAAAAUCGGGUACCCGCCAUAUAUAACCACCACAGUCUCUCUGUUCCUCUCUGGCAGUAGCGAUGAUAACAUUCAAGUUUCCUGAAUUGAAUGGAGAAAAAGAUUUUCUUAAGGGAGCAACGCCAAGGAAGCUUUAUAAAUACCCGACAAAUACAGAAUCUGCUGAGGUCGCACCUAUUAUUACACUUGAAGAAGAAGAUGUUUUGUUCAAUCUAUUUGAUAAAGAUGGAAAAUAUUGGAAAGAAAGAGGGAAUGGAUUUAUUAAGCUUCUUAAACAUAAAGAAACUAAGAAAUUUUGUUUCGUUAGGAGACAAUCUAAGACACUGAAGGUUAUUGCUAAUCAUCUAGUUCUUGCAACAAUUUCGAUUCAAAAACAUAUUUGGAGUCAGAAAUCAUGGAUCUGGCAUGCUAGUGAUUUUUCUGAUAGUGAAUUGAGAGAAGAGGUGUUCUGUGCUCGAUUUGUAUACAUUCAGGAUGCUAAAUUAUUUAAGGAAAUGGUCGCAGAGGCUGCAGAGUCUCAAGUGCAGAAAUCUGAAGAGAUUAAGGAAGGUGCUACAUCACCAGCAGCUGAUCUUACUGAAAAAUCGUCUAUUAGUGAAAAGAAAGAUGUGCCUAACAUCUUUCGUUUUUUAACAGAUGCGGAGUCUCAAGUGCAGAAUUCUGAAGAGAGCAAGGAAGGUGCUACAUCACUAGCAGCUAUUAUUGAGAAGAUGGAUGUAUCUAAUAUCUUUCGCUUUUCGAUGGUUGCUGAGUCUCAAGGGCAGAUUUCUGAAGAGAGCAAGGAAGUUACAUCAUUAGCAGCUAAUCUUACAGAGAACUUGUCUGUUGGUGAAAAGAAAGAUGUAUCAAACGUCUUUCAGUUUUCAACUGCUGAGAAGGUGAAGAAGGAUGAAUAGGUCGAAACAUGGCUCAAGUCCAACAUCCUAGAGAGGGAGGAUCAAUUUUGAGACAUUAAUAAGUAAAUAAAAUUUUGCGGGCAAUGUUUAUAUUUUAUUUUAUUUUUUUUCUUUGGAUGAAGUAGUAUAGAAAACAAAAUUUGUAAAUUAUCGAUACAAAACUGUGGAGAGGGAAAAAAAAUCAUUCUGAUCACUUUAAACUAAAAUCUUCAGUCUUUUGAAGUCUUAACAUUGAAACUGGAUUUUUUUGCUUAAUCAUAU